CCUGUAUCGUUUCUCCCUCUUUUCCCAUCCCACAAUAUUCGCAAAUCGCGAUGAAUGUGAUUCCGAUUUGCAUACAUCGCAUAUUUUCAGUAGAAUAUAAUUUAUUGUAUUUAAGUGGGUAAAUCCCAGUAAUUAACUGAGCUCAGUAUAUAAUCCCACGCACAUUGCUUUUCCUUUAAAGCAACAUUUGGUGUAACUUAUUCAAACUAGUCUUGUCCAGUCAUUAGAUCUUUGUCGGAGGCUGACUAAUCGCGGGAAGUCAUAUUAUGACUUGGUGAGUGAAGUGCUAAGUUGUUCUGUGAUGUCCGACGGCGAUCCAUCUCUCGAAGAAGACGUUCCGAAGCCGCUGCUCGAAAAAGUUGAGGAGAAUGUGUUCACGCCGAAGAUAACUACUCCGAUUUUUGCGGGAACUGUGAAGUUGCACCAUAAGAGAUCUGACGCGGCAGAGACGGAGUCCUUCCUCUCUGACGCCCAGCGCAAUGACCUCGCGUUCAAACAGCUUUUCGAAGAUGGAGAUGGAGGAUUUCCAGAGACGGAGAAGGAGGCGCAAGAGAAGAAUGACCUCCAGGCCAUGUCUGUCCUGAGCAUGUACAAGGACAAUAUCUCUCAGGACAUGAACACGGAACGAGACAACGGUAGCGAAGCCUCCACGCGAGAGGCCGAGGAGGUUGGCUGCGGGGCUCAGACUGGCACUGGCAAUGGCAAACCAGCCAACCAUUGCUCCAUAGUAAUGAGUGGAGUCAUGAACAACCCCUCCCUCACGUUCAACGACGGUGUACGCUCCAUAGACUACGUGUUGGUAUGGGAGGCUAACAAAGAGGAUGCCACCACUACUGAAGCCUAUCAACAGAGGAAGAUCUUUGAAAUGAACCUCCAGAGUGAGGGCUUGGAGCUGGAAUAUGAGGCGCCUGAGCAUUUGCAUGGAUUGCAUUUUGUUAAGAUCCACACGCCACUAGCAGUGCUAAGAGAUUACAGUGAGAUUUUAAAACUAAGGAUGCCAAUGAAGGAGUGCAGUAAGAUACGCAAAACUGGGCGAACGAAUGCCAUACUGAAUGCCGCAUUAUAUAUGUCUAAGUUCUCGGCUUUAAGAGAUGUCCAUGAAAAGACCAACAGUCUCAUGGACCAAAUUGAAGGGUGUUGGGACCGGUUCAUGUCCAAAAUCCGUGUGGACACCUCCAUAUUCCCCGAGAGAAAGCAUCGACUCACCGCUAUUUAUUCCAAGGAUAAGGAGUAUUUAUUCGACACAACAUCGGAUUGUUUCUGGACGCCGUCGAUUCGGUCCCGCAUCGUACAGUUCAUUCUAGACAGGAAGAAGUUCUCAGAGAGUCUCAAUGACGACUUUGCUUUCGGCAUAACAAGGCUCAUAUCUAAUUGCACGUAUAGCGCUGCUUAUCCUUUACAUGACGGCGACAUCAGGACUCCAGGCUCCAUGAGGUACCUGCUGUACACGGAGUGGGCGAGUGUGUCCAAAUGUCUCAAAUAUCAACCCUUGGAUUAUGUGAAAGACUACUUCGGCGUUAAAAUCGGAUUAUACUUCGCGUGGCUCGGCUUCUAUACACACAUGCUGAUACCAGCGUCUAUAGUGGGUCUCAUAUGCGUCAUAUAUUCCGGGGCUACCGUGUAUUCCAAUAAACCUAGCGAAGAGAUCUGCAACUACAACUCUACGAUCAAGAUGUGUCCGCUAUGCGACUACUUCUGCGAGUACUGGGACCUGAAGGAUACCUGUCUCCUGUCUCGGAUAACGUACUUGUUUGACAAUCCCACCACUGUGUUCUUUGCUAUCUUCAUGAGUUUCUGGGCGGCGUGUUUCCUGGAGCUAUGGAAGAGGUAUUCAGCUGAGAUGACCCACCGCUGGGAUCUCACCGGGUUCGACGUCUACGAGGAACACCCGCGGCCGCAGUACUUAGCUAGGUUGGCCCAUGUCAAACGGACUCAGCUCAACGUAGUAACAGGUGAAAGAGAACCGAUGGUCCCUUUCUGGCGCAUGCGUCUACCAGCAGCCCUCAUGUCUUUCAGCGUAGUAGCGCUGCUGGUUCUACUAGCGCUCGCCACCGUCCUUGGAGUGGUCCUAUACCGCAUGUCGCUACUAGGGGCCAGUAUACUGCGCCAGAAUGACAACAAGCUGUUGACUACCAACCCUAUUUUGUUUACCUCGGCCACCGCUGCUGGGAUCAAUCUAGUGUUCAUCUUUAUAUUUAACUAUAUAUACCAAUACCUAGCGGAAUGGCUGACGGAGAAGGAACUCCUGCGCACACAGACAGAGUUCGACGACUCGCUCACACUGAAGAUAUAUCUACUGCAGUUCGUCAACUACUACGCGUCGAUAUUCUACAUCGCCUUCUUUAAGGGCAAGUUUGUAGGGCGGCCGGGGGACUACGUGCGCCUGUUUGGACAUAGACAAGAAGAGUGCGCGCCCGGCGGCUGCCUCCUCGAGCUGUCCAUCCAACUAGCCAUCAUAAUGAUCGGCAAGCAAUUCAUGAACACCAUCGUGGAGAUGAUGAUGCCAUACCUGCUCAAGUGGUGGAACAUCAUACGCACCAUCGGCAGGAAAAACAAAAUUAAGAGUACCUUGCAAUGGGUGAAAGAUUUCAAGCUAGUCGAUUUCGGACACAUGGGGUUGUUUCCUGAAUAUUUAGAAAUGGUGCUUCAAUACGGCUUCGUGACAAUCUUCGUAGCGGCAUUCCCCCUGGCGCCGCUGUUUGCUCUGGUCAACAACGUACUAGAGAUGCGACUGGACGCUAAGAAGUUCCUCCGUUGCUACCGGCGGCCUGUGCCGCAGCGAGUCAACGAUAUUGGCGUCUGGUAUCGCAUACUCGACUCUAUCGGCAAGCUUAGCAUCAUUACCAACGGCUUCAUAAUAGCAUUCACGUCGGAGUUCAUCCCGCGGCUGGUGUACAUGUUUGAGCACGGCUCCAUGGACAGCUACGUGGACUUCACGCUGGCCGAGUUCAACACAACGGUCAUCGAGCCGUACAGGCCGCUGCAUACCACUUACAACCAGACUCUGUGCAGUUAUCCCGGCUACUGGUACAACAAGCAGGGCGAGGACUACCGGCGCAGCGACUGGUACUGGCACGUGAUGGGAGCCAGGCUGGCCUUCGUCGUCGUCUUCGAGAACGUGGUAGCCCUAGUGAUGAUAAUCGUAAAGUGGGCCAUUCCUGACAUGUCGGGCGAGCUGCGCGACAGGAUCCGUCGCGAGGCUUACGUCAUCAACAGCUUUAUCUUAGAAGAGACUCGAGCAAGGUCGCAGGCCAGCCGGUCGCUCGGCCGAGACCUGACGCCGGACCCCGAGACCGUUCGAGAGAGCCGUGAGCUGAAUCAAGCAAGACUCCUCAGCCAAGGUGACACAGCGGAAUCGAACCUGAACCAACUGGUGUCGCUGUCGGGGUCGGACUUUGACCUCGCGGCCCACGGGGACGCUAACUACCGCGACUCGACCACACACGUCGUCGCCAAUGGAUUACCUGAAGAUGUAGAGCCUGGACCUACCCAUGUCUAACGAUAUAAUGGAGCAACUUUUUUUUUUGAAAAAAAAAAAAAAAAAUUCUUGUAGUCACGCUUAAACUUCGGCCGCGUCUUUGAAUUAUGAUGCUUAUUCCUGCAGACACCAUCUAAUUCCAUUGUAAGUUAAACGUAUCAUUUUCUUAUCCGCCGAAAAGGAAAGAAAAUGAUUGGUAUUACUUAAAAUAAAAUUAGGUGUUUGCAGAAAUCAUGGCCAUUAUCAACCUAUUUGCUGCUUACAAAACAAACUUAGCUCCCGUUUAGAACGAAAUUAUUUAAGUUCACCUCGGAGUUAUGAUAACUAAGAGUAAAUUCGGAAUCUGAGAAGAGUAACUGAAGAUUACUAACUCCAUUAUAAGUUUAUAGAUAUGACGAGUACUUACUUUACGUUGGCAAACUUUAUAGUUUGCUACUUGUUAAAGUAAGUUUUUUAUUACACAUUUUCAUUUUUCCAAAAACUAUUGAAAAGGAUUCAUUUCUAUAGAGAAAUGUAUAAAAAAUGCAUAGUUCACACCUACUCCAAAACGCUCACAAUAUUUAAAGAUUACAACCACAUGCCAAAUGGUCUGCAUUUUUAAAGAGACCAAUAACUUUGACUUGAUUUAUUUACAUAUAACCAUAAAUUAUGGCAGUCAUAAUAAUUUACAAACCAUUUCAUAAUCCAUAGCAAUUAUUGCAGAAUUUUAAAAAUACAUUUGGCAACACUGGCUCUUGAUUGGCCGAUUAUGUUUAAUGUUGCCACUUAAUUGUAAAUUUGCUGUCUUAUAAAUCCAAAAUGGACGAUACAUUCCGUCCAUAUGUCUUCUAUAAAUGCGACUGUUGUACAGUCCACUGCCAAUACGUUAAGUUUGCACGUAAACUUAGCCGCACAAAUGAUAAUUACAAGAUAAAAUAAUAACUCCUAAGAGAUCUAACUUUACGACAAGUAAACUUUUAAUAUCAUGAUUUAGACUGAGACCUUUGCAUUACUUCAUAUCAUUUUAGUUUGGUUUCUAAUUGCAGCUUGGGUUUUAAACCACUGAAUUCGAAUUGUGAGUUUGACUUCAUUUUUGAAUUUUAGAUAAUUGAUACCACGCGGUUUCCUGGAUCUGUUGACGGUUAAAUAAUAGGCACGCACCUUAUUACAUGGGACUUAAACACACCUGGCGUGGAGUGGGUGUCAUAUACACCUCUCCAUUCCUCUUCGGGGAAACAGCGGGCUUAGCACCGUAAGCGCGCAACUCUUUUUUGCCUCGACAUACGUCACCCGUCGCUCUCUCACAGUACUGCACAGAAAGAGACAGAUGAUCUCUGUCGCGGCGAGUAAGAGUCGCGUGCGUACGGUGCUAAGCCCGCAGGUGUGAUGCUGUGCUUCAUAUUUGGUUUGAAGAAUGCUGAAAAAAGUAACCUUCCUGUUGCUUCGUCGACUGUUUUCAUAACUCGAUUCGAGUCUCGAAUUUUUGGACAAGUUUAUUAUAAGUUUGCAGAAUAUUUGCAUUAUUACUACAAAAUAUACGACAAACGUCGUUAUAUCUUUACAUAAGUAUCAAAGCUAUAAGAAAUGUUAGUCUGUAUCUAAAAUAUAGGCAACUGCAUAAUUUUCGCUAUGUCUUAUGGUCUAUGUUCUGUUGGUAGACUGAGAUGCUUAGUCUAUGUAACCCGUAAUCGUGGUCUACAUAGUGCGCGACCAGCCUUACUAUUGAUUUGUCUCGACGAAAUAAUCUUGUCAAAAGCAUUUUAGAUAAGUACUUAACGGAGUGAUGUUCCAAACAAAUAAUCUACUAACAUGUUUGUUUAGCUAUUAAUGUAUGAUUUAAGUCAACAUCGUUGAUUGCUGUACUGAACUAGCGUUAGUUGUGACAGUUCUAUAACUAGAGCUAUCUCUUUCUUGCGCUAAGUGUUAGUGAAGGAGAGAUCUAUUUUUAAAGCUGUCAAAAGAAAUUAGGUUUUUUCCGCGAAAUUCGACAGCGUUGUUAUUCGGAAUGAACGUAACGUAAAUAUUUGGAGGUGACGAAAACGGGAAUUACUGUUCGUUUUCGUUGGUUCGGCUAAAAGGACUUAUUUCCAGGUUAUAAACUUAAAAAAAAAAAAAACAGUCUGUUUGUUUAAAUAUAAUAAAAAUAUCACUUCACUUUUAUAGUUUAUGGCAAUCGGUCGUCAUAGAGUAACUUAAUCGUAUCACAUGUUUGGGUUUUUAAAUCAACUGAACAUUGAAAUCUUUAGGCGUAACAUUCGGUAUUUACGUCAUUGAACGUUAACAUUUGACGUAAACAUUACAUCAUUGUUAGCAUUUGACGUAGUAGAUUUAUAUACGUCGCACUUGCAGUUAAGUUUAAACUCGCAUCGCCUUAACAAUUAAAAAUAAACAAGCGGUGAACAUUUUUAUAAGCAUUUGACAGUCAAGCAAAGUUGCGUUCUUAAAUUAAAAUAGCUUUUACUACAGAAUAGGCUAGUUUCCAACACUUUUAUUAAAAAAACAAAAAAAAAAACAAAAAUAUUUAUUCUUCAAAAUUGGCUUACAUAGUUACCGCUUUUUGAGCGUCAAAAAUAAAAUUACGUAUUAUGUAACUGUCUGUAAAACUAUUACCACAUCGGAAGCUGUAUCGCUGAGGGAAAGACGUGGCCAUAAAACCUCCCAGCACAGGGCCCUACUCCUACUGUUUCAUGUACCUACUAAACGUCAAAACACGAAAUUACUAUGCAAUUUGUAUGUAAAAGCAACCUGUGACGUCAUAGAGAAACGUGAUAAAAUGUCGUACUUAUUAUUACGUUUUUAUGAUUAAAAUUCAUAAAUAAAUUACUGAAAACAGUAAAUUGUCAGUUUUAGAUCUGUCUUUAUUUAUUAAUCAGUAUUUCAUAAUUGAUCUUUGACCUAGGAUACUACCCAAUUGGGUUAAAUUUUGCUUAGCUGUCAAAUACUUAAGCACAUGUUCACCGCUUGUUUAUUAUUUUUAUUGAUGGCGUUAAUUUUUAAACAAGUGUUGUAUAUAAUUAUUUAUAACAAAAUAUUCGUGCAAUUUUCUCAUAUUAAGAGACUUUAUUAAAGAAUCUCAUAUCGUUAAACAUAUUUAUAAUGCAUAAAGGUAAUAUAUUGAAAAUCAGAGGCACAAAUCUAGACUAUUUUCUACUUUAUUUAUGAAGCGUAUUCACACUAACGCUGUAUUUUAAAUAGUUUGUCUUUUAUAAUAAUUUACUAUUUAUAACAGUAGAAUUGCUCUGGUCUAUCUAUACAUUAGAUGCUAUGAUUCGUGAGAUACUCAUCACUAAUUUAAGAGCCACGCUCUUGCCAGUGUAGCAUUCAUUCUCCAUACUACUUUUUUAGGGAAAAAUAGGGCAGUGGUUUUCCUCUUGCUUUUCGCUCCGCAGUGCUCUGUCUGACGCGAGUGGGUUGGCGCCUAGAGUAGUCAAUUUCAAAACCGUAUUAGGACUCCUGUCCUGUCCUCCGCCUCUGAAUAGUACUGACAGUUACUGCUGCCCUCUGCCAGGUUUCAAGUUCGAUGGCUCCCAUCUCCGCCUCUGCGACCGUUGAGGUCUUCAUUCUUAUCCCUGGGCAAGGGAUCUACGUUAUACCCAGUAGGUCUGGGUCCCUAUCCUCACUCCGGCCUCCUGAUGUAAGAGGCGCCUACCCCCGCGGCAAGGACGCGCUGAACAGGAAUUGCCCCAGUGGAGGACAGAGAAGACGUCUCUGUCCCCCCCUGGGGCCGGGUUGAUUGUCUUGUAUUAAACCAAAACCAAAUAAUAACUUUGACACCUCUUUUUACCUAUAUAGAGGUUGAAUUUCGCAAAAUCCCAUCUUAGCGAGCGUCUAAGACCUAAAAGGAACCCCCAUGCUAAAUUUGAGACUCCUAACACUUGCAAUUUCAGAGAUUUCGUGAUAACAGUGAUAUGUGACCCAGUCAAUGAGUAACUGUUAUUUGAGCAUACCUGGUUUUCUUAAACCAUGGUAAAAAGGUAAGAAAAAAUAUUUGCUUGAAUUUUUACGGAUAUCACUUAGCGUUAGUGUGGAUGACGCAAUAUCAAUUUUGAGAUGAAUAUUUAAAGUUGUACACAAGUUAUUUAUUGAAACAUAUUCUGCGUUUAAGAAUACUUUGCUAUUAACGAGGAAGUUAAUAUAAAGAAAAUGGCUGAUAUGCGGUGUUCAGUAGAGAUGUAGAAGGUUUAGAAAGUUAUUAUACUUACUUAUAAUAUUAAAUGGCUAACGUAGGUCCUUGCAUAGUUGGAUUUAAUCGUAUUUAUAUUAUAAUAAGAGUAAUUUGCCCAAAUUAAACAAACAAAGCUUUAUAAUUACAAAUAAAAAUGUAAUAUCAAAUAAAAUUAAAGUAUUAUUUUAAAAAA